AUGGGACUGAAAUGCGGAAUGCGAAUUCUUUACAGAGUUUCAAAAAUUUCGAGAUAUAACAAUACAUUUGGUGAAAGAAGGUAUAAGUCAGCAUGCGCAUUACUCAAGGAUUUCUGCGACCGUACAAGUUCGCAUGGCAUUCCCCUGAUUGGCUCGCCAUCAUUUUUUAGCCGUACCGUUUGGACAACUAUCACUUUAUUGUGUUUCAUAUUAUUUCUUUAUCAAACAUAUUGGACAUUAUCCGAAUUUUUUCAAUACAGGACAAUAAUCGAAAUGCAACUGAAAUUUGAACCCGCGCCCUUUCCUGCAGCAACUGUAUGCAACUUGAAUGCCUUCAAAAACAGCGAAUUGAGAAAGUAUGAAACAAUUUCUGAAGGGUUAGAUGUUUGGGAAGAGAAAAUUAACCGAUAUAAAGGUUCAACGAUUAAUUCAAAUAAUUCGGUGCGAAAAAGACGUGAAGUUAGUUAUGCCCCUGUUUUUGUUCGGUGUAAUUGUAUGCAAUCAUAUGAUCACUGUGUUCCACAGCGGAAUCCCUUGUUGCGAAAUACAACAGUGUGCAUAUGUUUCGAAGAUAUUAAUACUGGUAAUAUUUGGCCAUGCUAUCCCACUGUCACUUGGACAGAAAAGCAAUGUUCUGACUGUUCACUGUCGAAAACAUGUGAUGAUCCAGAUCGGCCCAGUUCGACUGCUUUACGAUCAUCAGGUAAUAGCCACAGGUGUUUGUGCCAAUUUGUUUCCAAUAAUUGCGUCAUCGUGUCGAACGAUGUUAUCCGUUGGUGGGAUCCAAAUAACUAUACCGUGUUACCUGUCACUCAAUCAUCCACCACUUCUUUGGAACUUGCCGAAGCUUUUGGCAUGAAUGAGAGACAAGAUCCAGCUGCUAUGACAGCCAAAGCGAAAGAGAACUUAAUAUUUAUGGUUGCUGCAUUGUCAUUUGAAAUACGUCGGAACUUGUCCUACACACUUGAAGAAUUUGUACUUCGUUGUUCAUUUAACAGUGAAGAUUGCAACCUCGAAAGAGAUUUCAAGUUACAUAUGGAUCCUGAAUACGGUAAUUGUUACACAUUUAAUUUCAAUGAUUCUGUUGAACUCAAAAAUAGUCGCGCUGGACCGAUGUAUGGGUUGCGUCUGCUGCUGAAUGUAAAUCAAAGUGAUUACUCGCCGACAACUGAAGCGGCUGGUGUUCGACUGGUUGUGCACGAACAGGAUCAAGAACCUUUCCCGGAUACAUUUGGGUACAAUGCGCCAACCGGAGUUAUAUCAUCGUUUGGUCUAAAAACGAAGGUAUUACAUCGUCUGGAUGCACCGUAUGGGAUGUGUAGUGAUACGUUCAGGCCUUCUGGUUAUAUUUAUGCGGAACGUUACUCACCGGAGGGUUGCUAUCGUAAUUGCUUUCAACAUACGGUAUUAAAGAGAUGUGGUUGUGGAGAUCCGCGAUUUCCUCUACCUUCUGACGAUUAUCAUCCAUGCAACGUUAAAAAUGCCACAGAACGUAGUUGCUUAAGUAACUUUACCCAACACUCUGGUGGUUACCAUCAUAUACAACAGAAUUGUGAAUGCGUGCAGCCAUGCAGCGAAAACGUCUUUGAAACAGCUUAUUCUGCAGCUGCUUGGCCAGCGAAAAAUUUUAUCAUUGGUGUAGAAUGUCCAGCCGUUCUCGACAUCGCAAAUGAUUCCCGAGCUUGUACCGAAUACUAUAGAAAAAAUACAGCAUACAUUGAAAUUUACUACGAGCAGCUCAACUUUGAAACACUUCGCGAAACUGCAGGAUAUUCGAUUGUGAAUUUAUUCUCCGACUUUGGCGGUAAUAUUGGUCUCUGGAUUGGUUUUUCAAUUAUAACAAUGAUGGAAAUCGUUGAACUCGUGUGCGAAAUGUGUUACUAUUUGAUGUAUAGACGGCCUAUGCAAAUAGCGCAGCGUAAACAACGAGAUAAAGUGCUAGUGAGGCGACAAUUUCGAUUCCGUACUGACAGCUCCCCUACGUUAUCGACAGCAGCCGAUAGGUCGAUGAUCACUGAAUUAAGUUUGGAUUUCAAGGAUACCGAUUAUAACACACCCCGAUGUUGA